AUGGCACAAAAAGGCAUGACCUGGGAUCCCGCCGCCGACCGCAAGCUCCUGCUCGGCAUCCUGAAGCUGCAAAACAUCUCCGUCGACUUCGCGGCUAUGGCUAAGUACAUGGCUACUGAUGGUCAGGUGUGCACCGCUGGCGCCGUGCAGAACCGUUUGAAGAAGCUGAAAGCUAUGGCUAGGGAUGGUGUUUCUGGCGAUGACGAAGCCACUCCCAAGGCGAAGAAAACCCCCAAGAAGCGUGGCGCUGCAGAUGAUGCCGAUGACGAGAGUCCCACGAAGAAAGCCAAGGGCGGCGCGAAGGGCAAGGGAGGCAAAGCCAAGGUCACGGAGGUCGAGGAUGAUGUUGAUGACGAGGAGGUGGAGAUGGAGGAGAAGGUCAAGGAGGAGGAGGUUGAGGAUGAUUUUGAUGACGAGGAGGUGGAGAUGGAGGAGAAGGUCAAGGAGGAGGAGGUUGAGGAUGAUUUUGAGGAGUAG